AUGGAUGUUAUGUUUGCUAUGAGGACCCCUUGUGUUCCGAGCAACAUUGACCACAUUAUUGAGGUAGCGGGUGAGACCUGGGUCUGUUUUAUACCGAAUUGCACCAUGGGACUAGUGCUGUUUUGUAGCACGAAUUUGGACUCAGUUUCCAGCGCCUUUUCGCGGUAGCCAAUAAAUGAAGAGAUGGAGUCCGUCCCCCAAAACAGUCUCCAAUAUAGUGCAAUUCCACACCACACCGACGCAGUCUCAUGCACAUGCUCAGCAUGUUUGUUAUUGGCAAAAUGAGAAUCCUGUAAAACUAGCUCGUUACUCGUCAAAGCUAUAAGGGGCCGCCUGAUAUCGCGGUUACGCAUUAUUUGAGCUUUAUAUUGCAUUUCACUCAGCACUUAUUUAUUACAUCCAAGAUUUUGGACGAUGGGACACGUGACCAGACGAUGACACGUGACCAGUCCAUGCUCCCCCCUUCCAUUUUCUAAGGGAAAAAACCUGGGGAAAAGGCUGAGAAAUAUAAUUCGCCAUUUUAUGUUUGUUUCCUUUCUUUAUUUUUUAUAUCACUCUUCCUGCCGUAAGGAUUAAUUUACUGUUUUAAUUUUUGAAUUGAAGAUUUUACUGAUCCAGGUCUACUAAGGAUCCGGCUUACUCUCAACUGGUUUGUCGUUGUGGUUUUGCCUUCCCAAGUGUUUUCAAGAAACGAUGUUUACCGACGUUUGUGACAAAAAAGCCACGAAGACCAUGAGAUUACCAUUAUGUCUGGCAGUAAGCUGGAAUUUUUCUAGGGGGAUCGCCCAUGAUUCUGAGCAAAGGAGGAUGAAUGACCUCUCUUGCUUGGUCCUUUAUCCUCUCUCCGCGUUCUACGAAAAAUACUAGAAUUUUGUAUUUGUUUCGUCAGUUUUGUCAGAAAGGGCCAAGAAAUCAUUUUUGUCGACGUUUUAAAGUGGUGAAAAGGCCACAAAGACAAGUUAUAAAUAUUCCUAUUUUGGCUGGCAGCUAUUAGCUGGAUUUUCCAAAGGGGGCAGCCUUUGACCUUUGGAUAAAAAACAGAAAUUUCUUUUGGUCUGAAAUUUUAACUAGCCGGCAUCCGUACAUGGAUAUUGUAGUUUUUCUAUUCUUAUUUAAAGAUUUAGAUAAAUAAAUUUUCUGUUCAAUAAAAGAAAAACUUAGUAAGCGCCCUCUAACUUAGGAAUAAGUUCACUCCUUCGAUCAAAUAACCGUCUCUCCAACACCCCCAACCCCCACCCCCACACUUAAUUUUGGUUACUAUGAUCCGGGGUUAAGCGGAAAUCCUCCGGGAAAUGCCCUUGGACAGCUCACGUGAUAUACGGCUAUCACCUUAGGCCGGAUCGGUGUAUGUGAUCUUUUUCUUCCAUCAGCGUUUGUUGGUGCGUCGUUCAUUUUCGGGCGCUACUCCAAGCAACCAUGAGCUGUCAUUUGGUGUCGCUGUUGUUGUUUCUCACCUUGUUGUCGCAGACCCAAGGAUUUUGUGGUAAGAAAUUCAGAAAAAUGCCUUUUAAAGUGAACAGUUAAUGAGAUUAUUGGUGAAAAUUGCAAUCGUAACGUAACGUGAGGAGAAAUAUAGUAUCUGACAAUUCUGGAGAAUUCAUUUUGAAGAAUUCACGUUCUGAUGUCUUCAGUUAAUACAGAUCCGUUUUCAUUUAAGGAGGGUAUCGUUUACAUGCCAUUUUCCUCAACAGAACUAGUUUGUAAGAAAUGUAGGAACAGGCUUAAACACAUCGCCCUUGCAACGGCAACAGUUGUUACUGCGUUUUAAAAUAAUUCAUUGUUCGUUUUACAGCGUUUGGUAUAAAUGAUAAUCGAAACAUGAUUUUAAAUUUACAUCCUUGCAAAGCGACAGAUUGCUAGUUGUUUUUAACCGCAGACAAAGUAAUUUUUUCCUUUCUUACGAAAUUGAGAAAGAAUUCACUUAGGUCCCUGCAGCGAAUUGGGGGGUGAGGUAGGGUAAGGGGGGUGGAGGUGGAGGGAGUUAUCGCUUCACACGGUACGUGCGUAGCAGAGCUCCUCCCGAAGGGUACGCAUGGUCGCUGAGCAUGUUUCUGUUUACAUAAAUCUAAAAUAGUUUUUAAAAUAAAUAUUGAAUUUGUUCCGCUUUAAAAUUUACCUUGAGGAAAGAUGGGAAGUACUUUAAUCUCGCAGAAUGGAGGAAAAGUCAUCCCAACUUAAAAGUGGUGACUUUUUUUUCUCAGCCACCAAAUACAAAAGCAGCUUCCCCGCUUGGGGCCCUAAUGACCCCCAUUCCCGACCCCAAAUUGAAAAUCACUUUUGCGACUUGAUGAUAGAUGACGAAGGAAGUUGCAAAACUCACGCUCAUUUUGUAAAUCAAUGAAUACCAAUUGCGUCACAGUAACAAGCCACACGCCACACUGGUCACACGCCAUUAUUUCUACUAUGCUGAAUAAGGCAAAGAACAAGUUCGGUCACUUGAGACGGUUUUUUAUGCACCAAAGGUUAUCGACUUCCAGCUAUCAUUUAUCUCGUCACGCAUCUUUCUCCCGAGACAGCCCUGGGAACGAGGUUGACGUUCAUAUGUCUUCGUAACGCGUUCUUUCUCCCCUAAGAACUUCUGCGUGAGCUGUAGAAGGUGACUAAACACGACAACUAGAGACUACUUCGAGCAAUAUUGACAGGAACUGCCGAGAUAGUGGCGGGCCGCAUAUUUUCCGCACCUGACGAUCUUUUGCCAGUCGUUUAUGCAAGAGCCACAAUAGGACAUUAUGGCUCUUGGUUUGUGACAUUUUCGUAUCCGUUGCUCUAUUAAUUAAAGAAACGCACGGAUCAUAAAUUGUUAAUAUCAGGAGUAUUAGUUCUUUAGAUUCAAAAUCCAUUUUUUGGAUUUUUCUACAGAAACUCGCCCCAGCAUUUAAAAUGCUUUGUUUGAUGAGUGGCAUAUUCAUUCCACAUGCCGCUGAAUUAUUGUGAGUUCUAGCGUCGCCGAAGACAUGAACGAUCAGCGCAAGUACAAGCUCUUCUGUUUCGGGUUAUGGGAUUAAAUAAAAGUAGAAACUCAUAAGGGGUUAUGAAUUUCUGAUAAAAGUAAACAAAUGAAUUGAUUUCUUAGUGCAGCAACAAACUCGUCAGCCUUGUUGAUUAAAAACAACAACGAUGAUAAUGACGACGAUUUUACCUACGUUGCCCCGGACGAAUUUGAUGGUCGUACCUUGAGCAUAGACUAACUGCGAGCUCAGUGACAGUCGUUCUCAUGUACUCUUAAAUUCUUAAAGUCGCGUCGGUUGUCGUGUGGUCCCGACCUGUUUGGCUCUUCUUGCCUGGGCCCAACAAUCGCGCAAAACAUGAAAUACGUUUAACUAAGACUUAAUCUGUUUUAGGUUCAAGAUUCUUUCAGACAAGCCUUAUCCGCUCAGCCGUCAAAGCGGCCGAAUGGCUGCAAAACCAACAAGACGAAAAUGGUACGUACGGGGAGGGGCAUGUGACUGCCGCUGCUCUGCACUCCUCAGGGUUGAUUGGGUAUCCUGUGGAGAGGAAAGCCGACUUACUGACCGCUGAAAUAAUUAAAAACGACCUUGGCUCUAUUCAUGGCGCUAGACUCGGCUCAUACAUACUUGGUGCCAUGGCUACCUGCCAGGAUCCACAUAACAUCAACCAAUCCAGUUUAAUCCUGGCACUGAAGAGUAAACUUGACAAGUAUCCUCAUUUGAACUUUGAUCACCCCUACCAGUACAGCUGGGCAGUAAUGGCACUUUGUAGCAGCGGGAACAUUCUCGGAAAGAAGAAGAGCGACUACGCGAAAAAAGUGAUGAAUGACAUUAACAGACACCUGGACAGGAAUAAAAGUUUUAGCGUGGACACUUUAUCUAUGCAGGUAUUGGCUUUGACUUGCAUCAAGAAAACCAGGAAAAGAAGAGACGCAAGGGGGCUGCAGAAAAAGCUUCGAGCCAGCAUUAACAAGGCGAGUGAAGAACUUAAAAAUCGUCAGAUAAAUGACAGCACGUUUGGAGAGAAUGAAGUUUCAGCAGCUCUUGCUUCUCAGGUGAGUAGAGUGAGGGGAGUGAGGGGAGGGAGGGGAGAGGUUGCUGUCAAUUGUUAAGUGAUGAAUCGAUGAUUGUAGCAUUAUUUGACCGAGGGAAGUGCUGGUGCAUUGUUUACUCAGUGACAUUUUGAUUUUGUAGCGAACGGCAAACAUUAACCCUUUUCUUUCCCGAGAGAAUGAUGGACUCUUGUAAGGUGGUUCUCAUUUUUGACUCUAUCUGUGGGUGAAAUCCUGCUGUGUAACAUUAAAAUUAAUCCUCUUUGGCAGUUCUUUCACAUGGUGCAAUUUACGUUUUCAGCAUUUCACAAAAUGAAAUUUAAAUUUUUUUUGUUGAAUUUUUACGUUUGGCAAUUCAGGAAGUUAAGAUUGACAGUAACGGUGUGUCACCAAAACCACUUAAAACAAAGCUAAGCAAUCAAAUUAGAGAAAGCGAUCAACGAAUUCAAAACAACCCUUUGAAUCAAACAAUAGCUGUUCUGAAACUAUUGUUUGGCCCUGGUUACGGUAGCCGCCAUGUAAAACGUCCCUUGUCACCCACUGCAAACGUAAUCCUAUCAUAUCCUCAGCAUUACAGGGGCGUAGCUACGAUAUUUCCAGAGGUACGCAGAGUUUUACAAAUUAACACUAACCUGUCUUCCUAGUUGUUUCCAUGUGGGUGAUUUAAUUAAAUUUCCGUUUUCUUGUCAUUAAGGUGAGGUAAUGACUUUUUUAUUUUCAUUUUGUUUCUUUUUAAAUUUGACAUUUUUCAGCCACGCAAAUGCGAGCUGGCGCAAGCUACAACGCUGGAUUACCCGACCCGCUGGAUUGGUAAUACCUCUAGACGGGUCAAAAAGAACUACAGCAAAAUAAUUAAAUCAAUGAAUAAAGGUCAAUGAAAUGAAACUGGAGCACCCAAAUUGAUUCUCGUGCUUUGAACUUUUUUGUCAUUCCAACUAGGCUCUGUUAGCGGCCGAAGCAAAGAAAACUAAGUGUACCACGACCAUGCGCUGGUUACUAUCUCGACAAAAACCCGACGGAUCCUUCACCAACCUUAUGGCCACAAUUGCCGUGCUUCCAACUUUGAUCGGAGCCCUACCUUUUGAUGUGCAAAAUAGAUCAUGCCCUACGAGUACUACAGGUAAACAUUAUGGCGUGUAGUAUAUAUUAAACUGUAGGAGAAAUGCAGGUUAUUAUCAUGACGUGCAGAAUAUACCCUGUUCUGUUCUGGCCACACCCUGUCCUGUUUCUCACUGUGGGAGAAAGUACUGAUAUUUUUUGAGCGACCGGGGACGUAUUUCAACCGGAUGUGGACUUUUUGCACUCUUAAGCCUUGAUAUUGAACAAAUGUUUGGGUCAAUCGUCUUUAGUAUUUACCAAAUCAGUGAAUAGCAAUUUUUGCGCGUUUUGAUUGGCUCCCGUAACACGGAAUAUCCUUGAUCGUUUACUGUUUUGCGACCGGAGUCAAGACGGCGUCUCUCUUCGAGACAUUUUCGGAACACUAAAUUUGCGCGAUAAAUGAAGCAGUCGUACGAACAAAUACCAGAAAAGCGACCAACUUUGGCUUGUCAGUGUUAAAUGGUAGAUAGAAAAUUAUUUUCAUGCUGAAUUUGCAACAAAAUCGUAAAAAUGCACUUGACAAAAUCCCCGAAAUGUUUGUAAAUUGUUAAUAAAGUUCCUACUAAGUGACGUUUUUAAUUUACAAAAAGGUUACUUUUUUCAUUUUUAUCUUACUGAUUUGGUAAAUACUGAAACAACUAUCCCCUCAGGGUUGGUGAACAGCGCUAGAUCUAUACCUCGACGCUUUACCUCUCUGUAUAUAUAUAAUUCUACCACUAUUCACCUCCCCUUCGGGGGAUAGUUGUAUACUAUAAGAAUAAAUACAAAUUUGGUAGUGUCAAGGCGUGCUAAAAUAGAAAACGGCCCACUUCCGGUUGAUGUGCGUCGCUCAAAAACGUCACUGCAUAAACUCAGUCCCAAAUGAUAAUGAUAAACAUUAUGACGAGCAGAAUUAUCUCCCUGUUCUGAGAGAACUAUAUUUAGUUCAACGUUAUUUAAAAAUAACAACAACAACAACCGAUCCUAGCCUGUGAAUACAGCCCGGGGAUAUCCCCUAGGGUGGACAAUACGGGGAGGCUUCAUCCGAAAGGUGUACCGUUUUCAGGCUUCACCAAUAGUAAAAGGUAGGCAUCUCGUGAGGUUGAAGCAUACGAAAGUGCAGGGAAAAUUGUCAUUAGGUGUUUAGGGACGGUUUCUCUCGGGAAACUUCCAAGCAGCAGGAAGUGAUUAGAGGCGGCUGUUUUUAUAGGCGAAAUCAAUCAGUAAAUUGAUCUAAAUUAAAUGUGCACUAAAUGUGUAAGCGGUCUCAUUCUUUUACCUCGGUUUAUAAAGAAGAUAGCAUCUGGGGUGCGACUGAUUUCACAUUUAAUUCUUCCUCCGUGAGAUCCAUUCCCUUACACGAGAGUUGGUCAUUUCUAUCCAAACUGGUUCCAGUUUCAAAACUGAUACAAAUGUCUCAAAACAAGCUUUCAAGUUAUCAUUAUUCUUUUGUUUUUGAUUCUGUUUAUAGGUGAGGAGGAAGAAAACGAGGUGAGAAGUUAAAAGUGUGAAAAUCUAAAUGACGAAAUAAAUACUAGCACAGUUGAGUUACUCUAGCAAAGUUUCAAACUUAGUCAAACAAGAAAGAACUUUCUGUUUUCAUAAAAUAAAAGGCUAUACUAUAAGGUUUUCAUACUUGUAAAACAACGGUAACAAGCUCUAUUCUCCCGAGAUCUCAGUCACCCAGGUCUGGUGACAAAAUGGUUUCGUCUAUUCUCCUGUCGCUACACUCAGCCGAAUAGAAAACAUUUCUGUUAUAAGUAUGAACAGACAAAACAACACAAUAAUACCUGGAGGGAGCAGCCAGCUAUCAAGUUUAUUAUACCAAUAAGAGUUGCAACAAAAGCACUAGAAUAUUACCAAGGGACUGGGGAAAUUUGUUCGCUAUAUCGAACACCUCGAUUUUAGUGUGAAAUUCACAAAGAGGGGCUUAUAAAGGGUCUAAUCAUCUCAAUGGGAACUGAAUUAAACAAUGUGACCAACAACUAAAAGAAAUACAUUUUAUUUUCGGAUGUUUCGAGAUGCAAUUUAAUCAGGGGGACCCAAAGAGAAUAUAGUUCAAAACCACUUAAACAUAGCAUUGUUAAACGUAUUUAUAGUAUUUAAACCGUAGAUAUAGGCAUAUUUUUAUUCCCUAAAAAUUUUUCAUCUGUUCGGAUUUCCUAGCUGAAAGUCUAGUGAUCCGAAAAUUAUAGGGAUCAUAACUUACCUUUUCGAAAAUUUCAGCCAGAAAUAAGGCUUCCCAAAAUUCUAGGUGACCUUUUUAGGGUAAAAAUCCGUUAAAAAUAGGCAAAUAUACCGUUUUUUGGAUGUUCGAAAAUCCUAGGAGAGGCAGGCAAGCAAGAAAUUUUACAACAAAUGUUUCGAAAAUUCUAGAUCUCAAAUCGUCUUCCGAACAGAUAUUCUUCCGAAAAUUGUCGUUGGGUGCCCCUGAUUUAAUCCAUUCGCCACGUGUUGUUAACAGACUAGAUUUGUGCAGAAGCUGAUAACAAAACUUUGACCAGUGUGAUUCCGUAAUUCCACAGAUGAUAAACGUUUGUGUGGAGCUGCAGUUUGAAGCAAACAAGUACUCCAAAGGGAAAAGCCCUCCUCCCCGCGUAUGUGUCAAGGUCCUUAAUGGCACGAAUGCGCAUGACAUCCUCAAAGUGGCCGUAAACGAACAUCCCUGCUACAACUUCACUGCUGUCAAUACGUCCUGGGGCCACAUGAUCACCUCCAUUUGUGAAAUUGAACAAAGACAUUCGGAUAAGUUCUACUGGAUGGUAAAAAUCGACGGCAAAUCAGCAGCGACAGGCAUUGAUGAUCUCAUACCUUCUGAUGGCUCUAAUUUGCUUUUUGAAUACAAAAAACUUAAUUGGGGCAAGUAAGAUUUUCACAGGUUAAGAUUAGCUUUCAGGUGGUUAUUUUUUUAUGUAUUGGGACAAGUCGACAGUAAUUGAAAGAGUUCGUAACAUUACAAAGCGAAUUUCAAUUUCAUCUUUUUUCAUUGUUAUUUAAACAAUAAUUUUAGAAUUUUGGUGCUGGCAGUUAAGUAUUUCCUUUCCUCAGUUAAUUUUUAAAUUUUCUUUCUUCGUGACAGAAGAAUAAAGAAUAAAGCAUUCAAAAAUCGGCGUGACAAAGAAGGGGAUUAAUAAAGAUAUUUUACCUGUUUAACACAUUUCCACACAAGGUUAUGCUUAUACUGGGAAAUAAUAAGCUUUCGGAAAAUAAGGAAAAGACCGAAAGACGACAUGAAUCUGAAUUUUUUUAUGUCUACACUGUAGAGAGGAAAAGUCGUUACGUCACGUUGCAAUGGUAGCAAAAUUUCUGGACCUCAAACCGUGGUCCUCAAUAUGGCAGAAAAAAACCCGAAAACAUUGACAUAUACUCAGGAACAAAACGGGAGCCCAUACUUUUCUUCUAUGGUUGGACAAUGCUUAUGGCUGUCACUGCCAAGAAAGAUUGCUGAGAAAAGCUGCGGCAAUUCGAACGGACGAGUUUUAUCGGCUCUGUCGGGUAUAUGUUCUUCAAAUGCGUUUAAUUCGGCUUUUUACCAUUAAAACUCUGCUUAUUUUCCUGAAAUAUAUCUUUGAAUUAAUAUUUCAUACCGACCAACCAGCGUUUUCCGCCCGACAUUAAACGGGAAAUGCUUAAAAUAUGAUGAUUUGACGUUACCACACGCAUCUCUAGUUUCCUGGUAAGUUAGGCAUCGCUCUGGCAUCACCGCUCUUACUACUGGCCUUUAACCUGAGCUCGCGAAGGUUCUGCGAGACAAUUAUUUCUCAAGUACUUCGUGCGUAAUUAGGUUGUAGUGAUAGUUUUUUUUAGUUACUGAAGAAAUCAUUUUAUAGCGGGUAGCCUAGUGGGUAUCGGAUAGCUCAUUCAAGAAGCAAUCGACUUUUUUUUAGUCCCUAGGCCUCAUUAUUCCGCGCGGCCAAAGCGUUACGGGUCACGUGAUCCAAGCGCGUUCGCCUGGAUACGUCACUGAAGUGAAUUGAACGAGAGGGACUGGGAAAACGCCGUACAGGGACUAGGCAACAAUCGAGUACAUUAAAAACGCGCGACAAAGAACCUGCAUUUUCCUAAUUUUCUGAAGGGAAAAAAACACAGCUAAGAGUAUUUCGUGGUAUCCAGCUCAUUCCUUCUAUAUUAUAGUAGCAGUUGGAGGGAAAGAUACAUGUCUCCAAAGAGGAUCCUGAAUGUUCACGUAUCUUUUUACCCAAGUGAACAGAAUUUUUUUUAUAGAUUUUAGAAAAUGAACACCUGUUUCAAAUUUUAGGCUAAACAGAUUCCUGCAUAGAGGGGGCAUAACUGGCAAAUUUUGGCCUAACCGGGCUCUUAAAAAACCAGGUUCUUAGUUGCGGGUUUUUACCGCAUCGUUCUUGACGGAAGUUUGGACGGGUUCAAAAACUUUCUUGCCUUAAUCAAUACACGUUUUAUCUAUCCAAGUUUUAUUUAUCCAUGGCUUAUCCAUUUUUAAUCAAUCCAGUCCAUGUUUUACUAAUCCAGUCCAGUACAGUCCUAUUUUAUAAUAUGUCCUGUUAUGUAGGUUUAAAAAGUUACUUAUUUUGGGGGAUUUUGCUACAGUAUUUGAACAGUCAUUGAAUUAGGAAAAGCAUUAAUUUUUCACGCCUUCGUAGCAAUACUCGGUAACAGGUGUUUUCUGUUGGUUUUCGGCUACCAUGUUGAGGGGUACCAACAUGGUGUCUCCAUAAAGCUCUAUAAGUUUAGAUAAAACAUUUCUCCGAAUAUCACGCAUAUGAAAAAGUGCACCGACCUGAAUCUUGGCGAGGGUCUUUGUAUAUUUACGUUCUUUUAUUUCCCAGAUUCUAGACUUGAUCUAUUGAACGGUUUUGAUUUUUAUUUUUGAUGGCGUAACAGUGAAAAUCAGAUUCCGGAAUCGGUGAAAUUUUUGCUUAUGGAAUCCGGACUCCGGGAAAAUUUUGCUUGUGGAAUCCGACAUCCUGGGCUUUGAAAUCCGGAAUACAGCUCAAGGAAUCCAGAAUCCUAGUUCCACUGACAAAGACUAGAAUCCAGUAACUGGAAUCCGGAAUCCGCGGCGUAGAAUCCAGAAUCCAAGACUGUCUUGGAUUAACACACAUGGAGCGAAGCAAUUAUAGCUGGCUCGAGAGUUUCGUUCUCAAAAUAUCUAGAACACCAUUCUGAUUCUCUACCGCACACAGAGCAAACGAAUGUUAAAUUUAGAUACAUUACAGUCGACAAAAUUCAUUGUGGGUUGAGCAUGACACCCAACCUCGUUCCCAGAGCUUUUUCCCUUGAAAAUGGAAGAAGCCCUGGGAAUGAGGUUUGAUGACACCCGCAUCCACGCCAGAGCAGAGUGUUCAAAUGUCAGCUGUCAAAGGACUUAGAUGAGGAAAGCAGAAAAACCGGUUAAGCAAUGACCCUGUAACUUUGGGUGAUACCUGUUGGACCUGAAGUGAUCACGCGACGUGGUAAGUCUGCACGAGUAAAAUAAAGUGAUCAACGCACUGAGCAAAAAUGUCAACUGAAAAGCUACAUGCAAGAUAUCAUUACUCAUCAAACGCAGAACAGUCCGUGCAGAAAUACAUUGCGACUAUAAUGCGCUGAAAAGAUUACUUAAACGGAAUUAAUUAAGGUGAGCGAUUAUUUCAGCGAGAGAUUUUUACCUCAACGCGUUAGCGUAUACCGUUCCACUAAGCAAACUCUUCACGCCGCGCGAUUUUAUGAUUAUGUGAAAAGAAAACCUCUGGCACAGUAGCAAUUUUGGCGGGAACUGGCGAGAACGUGGUGGACCUCAUAGUGGGGAGCUUGAGCAGAGACGUUUUUGAGCAACGCACGUCAACCGGAAAUUGACUUUUUGUAUUCUUGGGCAGUGAUUUUGUCCUAAUUUUAGGGCAAAUCGUCUCUAUAAGGCAAAGAUAAAUAGCGAUACAAAUUUGUUCGCGUCAAGGCAUUUUUAAUAAAAGGGAGAAGGGAGAAGGGAGAUUGUGGUGAAAUUCUGUCUGGUGUGGUCGUGACUACCUCGUCCUCAGUCGCUCGCGAUCGUAUAUUCUGAGGAGAGGGAGUUGGGAAGGAGAGGACAAGGGGAAACUGCUCUUGGAACUAUGACAGGCAAGUAUCACCUUUCCUAAGUUGAUCUUUACCUACUUCCGCCCUCCUUUGGAUUUUUAGUGUGCGUUGUUCAGGCUUCAUCAUCACACCAAGGAAUCAUGAAUUGCCAUUUGGAGUCAAUUUUGGUAUUUUUUACCUUGUUAUCCCAAACACAAGGAUAUUGUGGUAAGGAAUCCGACAAGUGCUUUUCAGAAUAAUAGAUUAACAGGGAAAAUUGCAUCGUUAAUGCAAGGCAUGAAAAAAAUAGAUGCUGAAGGGGCCAUUUCAAGGCGAUCACAUUCAUAAAUAUGAGUGAUUCACACGUUUUCAGUCAGAACAGUCGUUUUUGACAAGCGAUUUGCCUUCUGACAGAACUAAUUUGUUAAGAGUAUUUUGACGAGCAUGAAAGCAUCGGGCGUUGCGUCAAUGGGGACAUUUUCUCUGCAAUUACGUUUUCCUUUGAAAACAGUCUCAUAGCGAAUUAAGUAAUUUGGAUUGACAACCCAAUCAUUAUUUUAAUAUGUACUUUUCUCGCACAGCUAUACAUAUAGGUAUAUCUUUUGACCCUGUAAGUUAUAAAGCUAUAUUUUUGGGGGGCUCUUGUGAAACUGACUGAAGAUAAUACGACCUUUUUCCUUGGUCCAGGAUUUUGGGGGAGGGAGAAAGUGGUUACCACCACACGCGAGGAAUUUUAAAUAGCUAUAUUUAUUUUGACAAUUUGUUUAAAAAUAAGUAUAGAGUUUUCGAUUCUGAGAAUUUCCUUGAAGGAUUUGAAGAUGACGCCAAGAGUUAUACAAGUAAUCAUGCUUAACAAGGUGGCGAUUUUUUUCAUAGGCACGAAAUAUGUAAGCCCUCCCUGCUCGGGGUGCAGCUGUAAUCAAGAUUUCAAAUUCUAAAUUAUGUUGGUGAAAUGAUGACAAAUUAACAAGGUAGUUGCCUUACACCAAAUGAGUUUUUAAGGGAGCAAAACGGGAAAAAAAGUUCAUUGAAUAUCACUUGGCGUUAAACUCUUGCUUUGCUGACCAGGGUAAAGUAGAAGGGUUAUCACGUGAAGCCGAUUUUUAUGCUCUUCGUUAUCAGGAUAAACCACAUUCUUUGGGUGAAUCCCAGAUAACAAACUUUAGCUCGUGUAUACCUUGCCUCCAGAGGUCCAUUCUCAAAGCAAAAUGUCUACGACACCAGCUUCCUGUUUCCCUUUUCCCCGCAGGCUAAACCCCAAAGGAUCGCUCGUCUCUUACUGUUGGGAACUUUGGCUGUCGAAUCAGCCAGUACAUAGCUCUCGAUAGAUCUAGCGAAAUUUUAAUGUUAAUACAUUGUAAAUACACGACAAAAUUCUAUUUUUAGGAAUAAAACACUCAUCCAUGCCAGAGCCAAGCUAUCCGGAUAGAGUUUCUUGUGUGAAGUUCAAAUGUCGAUAGUGAAGGGAUUUAGAUGUUGAAAUAAACAAAGAACCCGUUUUGUGAGAUUGCGUGAAAUUGAGGCCGGUAAAUCGAGUGACACUCGCACGUGUUGGACCACGUGAUCACAAGGAGGCUUUGUGUUAAGUACACUGUCGGCUGGAGUAAGAUUACGUCCAUGUUCAAAGUACAGAGCAAAAGUGACUACAUCGCGCAGUCAACACUUUGUGCUUGCAGAAACACAUUCUAACUAAAGUGCACUGAAAUGAUCACGUAAACGGAAGUAACCUGACCAGAGCAAUGACCUGAGCGAUCAUUACAGCUUUAGCGCGCUGGGCGCGUCAUAUGUCGCGGCUUAGGCCGCGCGUGCGGCGCGAUCAGUUGAACCAUUAGGACCAAAAACGUAACUGUCCGGCACCAAAGGUAUAUUUUCACAAUUUUAGGCGCGAACUGGCGAAGGAGGUAGAGCUCACAGUUUUCCCACAGGGUAGAUAGUCUAUCUGACAGCUUGUCAGAUAAUUAACUAAACAACACGAAUUGAUAACCUUUGGCUACUUACAUAGCGGUUAAUAAUGGAUUAAGGAAAUGCACGCAUGCUCAGUGAGGUCCGCUUUGAAAUAUACUCAAUCUAAAACUCUCUUCCAAAGUCUGGUGUUGUCGUUUUUGUUAUGUUUAGUGCUUGCGUUAGUACACACCAACACUCCGUGCCCUGGAAGCUGGAUGUCGAGUAAACACGUAACCAUGUCGAUAUUCAAUCGCGUAUGCCAUGGGUAACGUCGAUAAUCUAAGUAACCAUGUCUAUAUUCAAUCGGGAUUCGGGGAACUUGGAAUCUUUUGAAAUCUACACAUAUCAUUCAGUCCAUCAAGUGCAGCCCAGCAAUAUUUGGAACCAAUGAAAUGAAUGAACGUGUGAAGGCGAAGUGUAAUAAAACAAUAUAUAUUUGAAGUCCACGGUUAUACGAAGCUAUUUUCGAAGCAUUUCGUGCGGCUGUGGGCUUUCUAUCGAUUAAAAAGUUCUAGUUAUUUAGAUUCCGCGCAAAAAGAGAUGUUUGGUUUGUGUUCGACAUGUUUUAACAUCUUACGAGCAGGCAAUUUGCGUUGGUUUCCAAAACCACAUCCUGUAAGAAUUACGAAACAAAACGUGAUUUGGAUUAGGGUCAGUAAAAAAUAUCCCUUGAGAUAAUUGGCAAGGCUCUUAUCGAGCUAUCACAAGCAAAGUGACAUGUGUAUACCGGCGAGGACACUUUUAUCGAGGUUAGUUGUUUUUGCGGUGCAAUGUACUUUAAAGUUCUGUCCUGUGGUUUCCUUUUAACGUUUAAGUUUGUUUUGCCAGAUAACAACGGCUACGCAUCGGCAUGCACUUAAGAAUAAUUUCAUAAGCCCGCGUUCUCAUCCAACUUUUAACUAACCUUUUUUUUUUUUUAGGUUCAAGAUUCUUUCAGACAAGCCUCACCCGCUCAGCUGUCAAAGCGGCCGAAUGGUUGCAAAACCAACAAGACGAAAAUGGUACUUACGGGGAGGGGCACGCGACUGCCGUUAUACUGCACUCCCUCAGGUUGAUUGGUUAUCCUGUGGAGAAGGGAGCCGACGUAUUGACCGCCGGAAUAAUUAAGAACGACAUUGGCUCUAUGCCUGGAGGUAGAGUCGGCUCUUACAUACUUGGCGCCAUGGCUACCUGCCAAGAUCCCCAUCACGUCAACCAAUCUAAAUUGAUUCGAGCCCUGAAGACCAAACUAGACAAGUACCCUCACUUGGGCUUUAACCAUCCCUUCCAGUACAGCUGGGCAGUUAUGGCGCUCUGUAGCACCGGAAUUGAUCUUGGUAAAAAGAAGCUCGCCUACACCAAGAAAGUGAUGGAAAGCAGUAAGCAACGGCUGGCCAGAGAAGAAGGCUGUACCGGUGACACGUUGCAUAUGCAAGUGUUGGCUUUGACAUGCGUUGAGAAAACCCUGAAAAGAAAUGACUCCAGGUGGCUGAAGGAAAAGAUUCGAGACGCCAUUAAGAGGGCCAGUGACAGAAUUGUGAAAAGUCAAAUGAACGACAGCACGUUUGGAGAGAAUGUAGUUACAGCAGCUCUUGCCUCUCAGGUGAUUAGAGGGAAGGGAGGGAGGGGAGGGGUUGCUCUGGCGUUGUACACUCAAUCAAAUGAGAGAAAAUAUUGCAGGGGUUAGGGGAGUGGGGAUUUUAGAUGGGGUGGGGGAGGGUGAAGAGAGAAAGGAAGGGAGUUUCUCCUCCAUUUGCUGUCUCUUCGUUUCGCUUCUCUCUUUCCCUUAUCCCAUAGAAAGGCUUUAUACUCAGGCUAAAAAUAUUAAAAAGAGUUACAGUACAACUACGCUAACCGUCCAGAUCAAAGGAAUAAUGCAAUGUCGUCAAAAAAGUCGUUUGAGCCAAUCAGCAUCUAGUUAAAAAAAACGGCUCAAACGACCUUUAUAUAGCUUAUGUCAAUUACGCCUCCUCAAUUACAAUUUUUCAUAGAUGACAUAAAAAUUACGUUGAUGGAUACAAUUGUUUAUUAAAAGCAAAUCAACUUUUAAAAUCUUUCACUAAUCUGAUUGAUUAGUUUCAACUGGCCCUAACUAAUAAAGUCGCACUGUAAAACGUAAUCCUGUCAGGAUUGCAUCAACUUGUAAUAACUCUAUACGGGCAAAAAAGAUUCAAUAAUAAUAAUAAUAAUAAUAAUAAUAAUAAUAAUAAUAAUAAUAACAAAAUGUAUAAAAGAUAAAAGUGAAAGUUACAGCACGCAAACCAUUUCUUGCUCUUUUAAUUUAACAUUUCUUUUCUUCUCACUGUCACAGGCUCUGUUAGCGGCUGAAGCAACAACAGAUCAUUGUCCAAAAACCAUGGGUUGGCUGGUGUCUCGACAAAAACCCGACGGAUCCUUUACUAACCUGCUGGGCACCAUGUACGUGCUGCCAAGUUUGAUCGGAGCCCUACCGUAUGACCUACAGCAUAUACCUUGCCCUAAGAAUACUACAGGUAAACGUUACGACGUGGUGCAGUAUAUACCCUGCUCUGAAAGUAGUGUUGGGAAUCGGAUGAGAUUUCACAAUCGAUCAUCGGAAAUAAUCGGAUUCACCCACCACAUCCAUUAUCGAUUAUAAUCCAUCUUGAACGGCCGCUGGACUUUGCUGUAGAACACAACAAAAACAUACGAAAUGUACCAGAAAAGGGACAUAUAUAUAUAACCCAAGUUUUUAUAUAUCUAUUUGCCACCAAGAAAUUUUAUUUUUUUCUUGCGAUAAUCGAUUGAACAUUUACUGACCAUAGUCGCUUAUAAUCGAUGAUCGGCGUAAAACUAUCUGAAAGUACUGCAUGUAUUCACAAUGUCGUGCUUUCUAUUUCACAAUAGAUACUGAGUACGUUAGCCAAUCAGAUUCAGCGCGGAAUUCUUGAUAGCAUGCUAGUUGGUUUUUACUAGAAUUUAAAAUCCUCUCUUUUGAUCUUGCUUGUAGGUGUCGAGGAAGACACUAAGGUAAGAAAUUAAAAUGUGAAUUUAUCAGCAAUAUACAGCUGAAGACCCCUUGACUCCGUUUGCAUGGUUGGUAUAACUUCAGACAAACAAAAUUCAAGGACUUUUCAACGACAUUUCAAGGACAAAUAGCAGUUUUCAAGAACUAAGAUAAAUUCAAUAAAUCGGCAUUCUUUGACCCCCUUUUGAUUGGCUAAAACACUCAAUGAAGUCAAUUACGAUUUUUACUUCUUCAGCCAUGGUUGAUAACAUUAUUUUAUACUACUUCCCGUAACACCACUUUGCAAAAUGGCAACAGUCACUGGGUAUGACUUGCAGUUGCAUCUGAAAAAUAAGAUAUCGUUCAUGCACAAAAAAGUUUUUACCCUGAUUUUUACGUUAUUCGUGAGUUUUACAGGUUCUUAGACCGAGGAUGAGCUAAAUUUUGCUCUGCAAAAUAAUCUUAUUUCACAGACAAUGAUGCGGUGUAAAGAAACCAAAGUAGUGAAUUUCAAGGACUUUUUAAGAAAUCAAGUAUUUUUCAAGGACCUUAACCCUUUAAGUCCCAAUAUCCACAUACAAAUUCUCCCAACUGGUCUCCAUACAUUUCCUUGAAGAAUUAUUUGAGAGAAUUUGGUAAAAGAUCAAAUAUUUUUCUCUUUGUGAUCAUUUUGUUAAUUCUCAUAGACUUUGCUCAUGAUAGUCUAUGGAUAUCGUUUGGAGAAAAUUGAUCUUGAGCACUAUUGGGACUUAAAGGGUUAACCGAAUUCAAGGAUUUUUCAAGAUGGCUAUAAAAUUCAAGACCUUUUCAAGAUUGUACGAACCAUGGUUUGGCAAGCAUAAGAAAAACGUGCUAACGUUUGUUUUGAUUCAUUUUUCCCAUUCUCUACGCCUUGUGAAAGGUUUUGGUUGUACACACUCUCGAGUAGACUUCGCUGCAUUUUCCGCACGAUUAAAUUUGAUCGUUGCAAGUUUAUGCACUAGUGUUAAUCACUGAUUACGGAUCCGCGUUCGUCCCUUACGGAAACGAAACCGAGUCGAAACGAGUCCAGUUUCCCGGCCGAGAUGCCCCUACUAAAAUCAGUGGGUGCGGCUAAUUGGCAGUCGCCCACGAUCCCUCGAAAAUUUGCUGCUUUGUACCAUUGGAACACCAAGAUUAGGAUGCGUUCUGACGAACGCAAUGAGCAGUGAUUUUGUUACAAAUAGUUAUGGUGAGUCCUGGGACUCAUCUUGCGAAAAAUCAUGAGUCCCAGUCCAGAACUAAUGAGUCUCAGUUUAAAAAAACAAAAACAAAAACAAAAAAACGAGUCCGAAAUUGAAAAUGUUUGGGCCUUUAUGUAACCCAGGGGCGGAUCUAGGGGGAGGGUGCAGGGGGUGCGCACGCCCCCCUGAGAUGACCUGCGGUUUUCUUAUACAACUGGUAUUCUGCCAAAAAAAAAAACUAUGUGGUUUAUUGGUGUUGAAGAAGAGCAAGAGACGAGUGCACCCCGUCCUAAAAAAAAUCCUGGAUCCGCCCCUGUAACCAGACAGUUAAUCUGAAGAGAGACUCAAAAACUCUGUAUUACAGUAUACAGUACAAUAGUCCUUCUAUUUUAAACCACAACAAAGGCUGAAAGAAAUAUGCAUCGUAAACAACAGCCAUAAUGACUGCCACAGAAAUUAAACGAACAGGAUAUUUCUUCAAAAACGCUGUUCAGAUCGAUCGACUGAUGUUUGCGCCCUGCAUGCCAUGAAUUAUUGAUCACUGUAUGAGAUGUUCAUGUACACGAAGUUUCCUAUAAUAAUUAUUUUGACCAGCGUAAUUUCUUUAAUCCGCAGAUGAUAAACGUUUGUGUGGAGCUGCAGUUUGAAGUAAACAAGUACUCAAAAGGAAAAACCCCUCCUCCCCGCGCAUGCGUCAACGUACUGAAGGGCACAAACGCGCAUGACAUACUGACAAUGGCCUUAAAGGAACAUCCUUGCUACAAGUUCACUGUUAAAAUGACGUCGUGGGGCCGAAGUAUAAUGUCUAUUUGUGACAUUACGCGAAGACCCGUAGAUAAAUACUACUGGAUGAUCAAAAUCAACGGCAAAUCCGCCACAACAGGAAUCGAUAACCUCAGACCUUCAGAUGGCUCUCAUUUGCUUUUUGAAUACAAAAAGCUUUAUUGGGGCGAGUAAGAUUUUCACAGGUUAAGAUUAGCUUUCAGGUGGUCAAUUUGACUGACUGAAUCGUUUCAUUCUAGGCAGUAAGUGGCAGUGUAGUUUAAGAAAGUGUACUUUGUAAGGGAUUUUCAGCAAUCUAAAUUCAUUUUUAUUCAUUGUUAAGGAUCGUUAAGGACUAAUAAAUAGAUUUGGGUGUUAAAACUGAGCUCAUCUCAGUUUAUUGAAUUGAGGAGUUUCUUUUUUAGGUGCUGCAAUGCCUUUGUUACGACCAACUAGAUUUGCUCUACCCAGUUAGAUUAGCCCUGCUAUUUGCUGGUAGGGCGGUAUGUAACUUUUCGAUCUGUUGUCGAACAAACUUGAAUAAACUUUAUAAUGGUC